AUGGAUCGGGCUAUAGCGCGCGCCGUGACCGACAAACAACCGGUCCCGGAGAUCGAUUUCACAUUGCACACUAUGGAGGACAACACGCAGGUGUCGACAAUGGAGAGGGUGGUCAAAGAGGUCCAAGCGCCCGCUCUCAGCUAUCCUCCGGAUGAUAUGUUUUGGUCGCCCGAGGAUCCCUCCAAGCCCAAUCUCCAGUACCUCAAACAACACCUCUAUCGUGAAGGUCGUCUUUCAGAAGAACAGGCCCUAUGGAUCAUCCAUGCCGGUACACAGGUUUUGAAGGCCGAGCCAAAUUUGCUCGAAAUGGAUGCGCCCAUUACAGUGUGUGGCGAUGUUCACGGCCAGUACUACGAUUUGAUGAAGCUGUUCGAGGUCGGCGGUGACCCUUCAGAAACGAGGUAUCUGUUUUUGGGUGACUAUGUGGACCGUGGUUAUUUCAGUAUUGAGUGCGUCCUCUACCUCUGGGCAUUGAAGAUCUGGUAUCCCGAUUCACUUUGGUUGCUGCGGGGUAAUCACGAAUGCCGCCACUUGACGGACUACUUCACCUUCAAGUUGGAGUGCAAGCACAAAUAUAGUGAACGGAUCUACGAGGCAUGCUUGGAGUCUUUCUGUGCGCUGCCGCUGGCGGCGGUUAUGAACAAACAGUUCCUCUGCAUCCACGGUGGUCUCAGUCCCGAGCUGCAUACCCUCGAAGACAUCAAAGCUGUAUGUAUCUGCCCUGUGCGGAUUUUGAAUGAUAGUAUUAGCAGACAACUUACAAGACAUAGAUUGAUCGCUUCCGCGAACCACCAACCCACGGACUCAUGUGCGAUAUCCUUUGGGCCGACCCUCUGGAGGAAUUUGGUCAAGAAAAGACAGGCGAUUUCUUCAUUCAUAACAGUGAAGACGCGAACCACCGGCUUCCCCAGUGUUAUGACUAUUUUCAGUGCGCCUAACUACCUGGAUGUUUACAAUAACAAGGCGGCUGUCCUCAAAUAUGAGAACAAUGUGAUGAACAUCCGCCAAUUCAACUGCACCCCACACCCAUAUUGGCUGCCCAACUUCAUGGAUGUUUUCACUUGGUCUUUGCCGUUCGUCGGUGAGAAAAUCACGGAUAUGCUCAUCGCCAUUCUCAACACCUGCUCGAAGGAAGAGUUGGAGGACGAGGCCCCCACACCUGUCUCUCCCAGUGACAUCAAGGAUAAGGAUUCAAUCACGUCUCCGUCAAUGGACCCCGAAUCCACCGAGUUCAAGCGACGUGCCAUCAAAAACAAAAUUCUUGCCAUUGGCCGCCUCUCUCGUGUCUUCCAGGUUCUCCGCGAGCAGUCCGAGAGUGUCACUGAGUUGAAGACGGCAGCUGGCGGUCGUCUUCCUGCUGGAACCCUGAUGCUGGGUGCGGAAGGUAUCAAACAGGCCAUUCACAACUUCGAGGAUGCCCGUAAGGUUGAUAUCCAAAAUGAGCACAUGCCUCCUACACAGGAAGAAGUUAUCGCAAAGAGCGAAGAAAGUCGUCGUAUCGCUCUGGAGCGGGCUGAACAUGAGGCUGCCAACGAUGCCGGACUCGCCACAGUUGCUCGACGGAUCAGCAUGUCUGCUGGCUCAGGUCGCCCCCGUUCUCGACAGAGGGAUCCAUCCUCCUAA